GGGUUCGGCUCCGGGAUGUCCAAGAACACGGUCUCGUCGGUCCGCUUCCGGAAGGUGGACGUGGACGAGUAUGACGAGAACAAGUUCGUGGACGAGGAGGACGUGGGCGACGGGCAGGCCGCCGACGAGGGCGAGGUGGACUCCUGCCUGCGGCAAGGAAACAUGACAGCUGCUCUCCAGGCAGCUCUGAAAAAUCCCCCUAUCAACACCAAGAGUCAGGCGGUGAAGGAUCGGGCAGGCAGCAUUGUCUUGAAGGUGCUCAUCUCUUUUAAAGCUAAUGAUAUUGAGAAGGCCGUUCAAUCUCUGGACAAGAAUAGUGUGGAUCUCCUAAUGAAGUAUAUUUAUAAGGGCUUUGAGAGCCCAUCUGACAAUAGCAGUGCUAUGUUACUACAGUGGCAUGAAAAGGCACUUGCUGCUGGAGGAGUAGGAUCCAUUGUUCGUGUCUUGACUGCAAGGAAAACGGUGUAGUCCUGCAGGAACUGGUUCCACCAUGGGAGUGGGAAUUGCUGGUACAAAGACCAAAACAACCAAAUGCCACUGCUGCCCUGUGGGUAGCAUCUGCUUCUCUCA